GGUGAGUGCAUUGCAACAGAUGAAUCUUUGUGUAAUGCUCAGAAAUUAUUUAAUUCACCAGCUGCAGCACAAAACAGUGAGACUGCAAAUGUAAGACAAGGAUUUAAUAUUUAUCCAGAAAGCCCAAAACAAAUGAGGUCCAACAAACAUGUAAUCAGACGUUCAGCAUCAUUCAAUGAUAGCGCUGUUGUGUCAUCUUCAGAUGACAAAGGAUCUGAAGUGGCUGCUAACAUGCAAGUAGAGCAGGGUGUUGCACUAGCUGCUCAACAUUCAGUAACUUCUGAGGUGCCAGUAAGCCAAAAUGGCAAUACAGAUAACACUGGGAUGCCAACAGAUCCAAAGGCCUAUGUUUGUGACCUGUCCUCAGUCCCAACAACCCCAUGGACAAUUGCCACAUUAACCAAGUUGAUCCUGGAUGCUGAAAAAGCCCAGAUGGAGUUAGAAGAUUUUACAAAGUUUGAUUCUGUAAACAAAGUAUUAAGAAUGUUCUGGGAUGGCCAAGGUAAAAAUUUGGCUUGUAAACUCAAGGCAGGCUGGUAUAAGGAUCUAAUCACUGAGAUUAAAGAAUUUGGCAAAAAACAUUUAACACCAGACUGCGUCAUACUAUCACAAGUAACACAAAGCCCUGAGAAGCAACUCAAAAGCUACCAUGUCCUCAAAGAUAAUGAAACUUAUUCAGAACUGCCCUACAAAUCAUCAUGGUUGAAUGUCAACGAGCAGGUAGAUGACAUUGAUAAAGAGUUUGGCUUCCCGUGGUCAUGGAUGCAUCGUUUUCACAUGCUUGAGAGUCUUAGCCACUCAGAUCAGGUUGGGAUGGUCAACAGCAUCCCUGCACAAGUCGUAAAUAAGGUGCCAAAUGAAGUCUUGUCACAAACAGAGCUUGAACCUGUGGACUCAGGUGAAGAAAAACAAGCAUCCACUGCUGAAGAUAUCUCAACUCAAACUUCUUCUCCUAGUAAGAAGGAAAGUUAUGAUUCCAGUGACCCAUACUACUCGUUUGAAAUCCAUGUUUUGCCUCCAGAAGAGGCCAAAAUAAUCUUUGGCCAAAUUUCAUCAAGCCAAAGUUCUCUAACAUCAGGAACCUCAUCCACCAAUGAGUUUCCUGAUGUUAGAUAUGUCACAUUGAGCGAGCCAAAACUGAAGAAUGAGGUAGCCUUGUCAAUAGAACACAUUUGCUGCAUUGAUAAGUGGCUGGAAAAAUUUGGUGGGUCUGAUCAGAGUAAAUGCCGGUGCAAUGAAGAGCAAAGCAAUAAAGACUGUACUGACAAAGCCCUUGAGAAGGAAGAGAUGACUGUACCAAAGAACGAUAAACCGUGUGCCAUCAGGUCUGACAGUCAGUUCCACUCUCCCGUUGAAGGACAGGAUCAAGCGAAGGUUCGGGAGAACAUUGAUAAUCCAGUUCCAACAUAUAGCUGGCCUGAUCUAUGCAAUGAUCUCAGUCUAACCACUGAAUUGAUUGCAGAUGACCACAAACCUGACUCAUUUUCUGACGAAGAAGCAAAGAACAUUUCCCAGAUAAGCAUAAACAACAGCCAGUCAAGCGAUAUACUCAUAAGUGAAACCGAAGCGGAAGAUCUCUCCAGCAGUGAAAUUCCCAGCCAGAUCCCAGAUUCUGGCAAUCUGAUGUCAGACCCUGAGGAGGAGUGUUUACAAAAUCAGCUGAAAUCAGCAGGAAGUAAUCAGUCAAGUUGUUCAGACAAUGGCAAGAAAGAAAUCCAAAAGGUCUCCAACAGUGAAGCUGCGAGCCACAUGUCAGACCCUGAAGAGGAUUGUGCACAAGCUCAGCUGACUUCUACAGAUGUGGCAGAGUCAUCAUUGGAAAUUAAAAAAGGACAAACUGAAAUUAGUGCAAAGACAACUUUCAGUUUUAGUCAAAGACAUGAAAGUGUUAAAAGAAAGAAGAAGACACAGAGCAGUAAUGAGUGGAGUUUUCCAUUCCUGAAGAAAUUAAAGAAAUACAGACCCUCUGUUAAUCUGGAUGCACAGCCUGUCUUAAAGGGUUCAGAAUGUAAGAAGGGUUUUGUUGAUGCUGCUGAUAGUGAACCUUCAGCCUCAGAUGUCAGAACUGUAGAACUGGUGCUGUUUGGCUCAACACAUCAAGGGAAGGGCGUUUUAACUCGAGACAGAAAGCACCAUGUUUCAUCUUUAGGGUCUUUGUCUGAAGCAGUAGAGAGGCCUCCAGCUGUUCUCUCUGUGGCUCUCAAUCCCUCAAGGAGAAAGUCCAGUGUUCCUGCAUUAGAACAUUCAGUCAAACAUCACAUUUAUGAAAAAUGGAGGAGAAGUUAUCUACCAACUAAAAUUAGGCACAGAAGGAAGCUGACAACAAAGAAAUAUACUUCUUUAUCUGGGGUGAAUCUGAAGAAAGUUGAAACAGCUGUCCCCACCAAUACCAAGGAGCUGCCAGAUGCCUCUGAAAGGAGGACCUGCAAUGGAAAUACCAAGCGCUCCCUGAGUCUGAAGAGGAAGAAAUCUUUCGCUAACAACCUUAGGGAGGAGAAGAUGAUGAAGCAUGCGUUUACACUCAAACGGCCCCAUCAAGAGAGAAGUGACGCUGAAAAUGGAAGCCAUGCUGUGAUGCCUCUAGAGGAGAACAGUGUCCUGAGGUUCAGUGUGUUACCAAACACCUUCAACUUUGUAGAUGGAUCCAAAAGGAGAAGGGAAUCCACUGAUCCCGUGUCGGAUAACGCUGACUUUGUUGAGAGAAAGGACAAGAGCCCCUGUAUAACUAUCUCGAGGGCAAAAGGUACAUGGUUUGCAUGUCCUGAGAAGAAGUAUUAUCCUCUACACUCGCCCUCCGUCCCCAAGACCUCCAUCGUCUUCCAGGAGUUUCAGAAGAAAUACAUAGAGAAGACACAGCCAUCCACAGCCUAAUACCAUAACAAGCCGAGAGAUUUUGAGUCAAAUAUUUUUCUGCUCUCUGGGAAAUUCUUCCUUUUGUGUUUUUGUAAUGUGUAUUCAAGCAAAUUGAAGUUUUGCCAGUUUGUAUAUACACUUAUUUGCCUUAACAUUACAAUAUUUGCCUUUGUCUGUCGAGCAAGUUACUAUUGUGUGAAAUGCAUGUUCUCAUGUUUUUGCACAUAAAAUUCUCAGUUGUUUACAUUGGCUGUAUAAACCCUCAAGCUAUUCACUUCAGGUACAAUUUCAACUGUCUCACAAAAAAUAUUUUAGGCAAACAUAUAACUUGCAGACAACCUGUAAACUGUAUAUUUCAGCUGCAUAUUUAUAUUUUUCUACAUUAAGAAUAUUUUUGUA